UGGUGAGUGAGCUGAGGAGGUGCUGGCUCAGCUGUUGGGAUGCUGGAUUGAAAGUGUCAGGUUGACGGUGGUCGACAUGGGAGAUAAUUGACUGCAUCUAUUUCUUGAUGUGAACUUCUCCUGAAGGUGGCUGUUCAGGGUUUGGUGCUGCCUUAGCAGAUGUUUAAAGUCAGAAUGCUGUGUUUUAGAUGCCCAUGAUGUCACUUCCUGGAAUUAGGCUUCCACCUACCUUGGGUUUCAGGUAAGAAACACUACUCUUUUGACGUUGAAGAGAGCCAACAUAUCUGAUCUGUGUUUACUCUUCGUGGACUGUAACAAGAUGAUGGAGAUUCUAACAUCUAAUAUUGACUGAAUUCUUUGUAAUUCCAUUCCUGGGAAGGUCUCCCUAGUGCACGCAUUCUAAGAAUGCCUCGCUGCGAUUGUCUGGUGAACACUGACUACAAUGACAUUGGCUGGAGCGAUGAUGCUGGAGAAAGGGCCAGGCUCCUGCAGAGCCCAAAUGUGGAAAUCGCAAGCAAGAGCGGAUGGAAACAAGAGCAAAAAGGGAUCUCUUUUUUUGGUGCUGUCUUCAUUGUAGUGAAUGCUGCUCUUGGAGCAGGACUACUGAAUUUCCCAGCUGCUUUCAACAUGGCGGGAGGAAUAGCUGCAGCUGUUGCACUACAAAUGUUCUUGGUGAUCUUUAUAAUCAGCGCUCUGGUGAUUCUUGGCUACUGCUCCCAAAUCAGCAAUGAGCUUACAUACCAAGAGGUGGUGAGAGUGAUCUGCGGCAAGGUAACGGGUAUCAUCUGUGAGGUUGCCAUCGCAGUGUAUACCUUUGGCACAUGCAUAGCCUUCCUUAUCAUCAUUGGGGACCAGCUGGACAAGAUAUCUGCAGCAAUAGCUCAUGAAUCGGAAGGAACUGGGAGCAAGCACUGGUACACGGACCGUAAAUUCACCCUCUGCAUAACUUCCAUCUUUCUGAUCCUGCCACUAUCCAUACCUAAAGAAAUUGGAUUCCAGAAGUAUGCCAGCUCCCUGAGUGUCAUUGGUACCUGGUAUGUCACUAUUAUCAUAAUUGCUAAGUAUAUUUCUCCUGAUAAAGAGAUCAUCCCUGGAAAUAUCCCAACCAGCCCCGCCUCCUGGACAGCAGUGUUCAAUGCCAUGCCGACGAUCUGCUUUGGAUUUCAGUGUCACGUCAGCAGUGUUCCUGUAUUUAGUAGUAUGCAUCGACCUGAAGUGAAGAGAUGGAGUGGAGUUGUGACUGCUGCUAUUAUAAUAUGUCUGUUUGUCUACACCGGAACAGGGGUGUGCGGUUUCUUGACCUUUGGCUCCAGUGUGGACCAGGAUGUGCUUCUGUCCUAUCCUUCCACAGAUGUUCCAGUAGCUAUUGCCCGGGCAUUUAUCAUCAUAUGUGUACUGACCUCGUACCCCAUUCUACACUUCUGUGGCAGGGCAGUUAUUGAAGGGCUAUGGCUGAGGUACAGAGGAGAAACUGUGGAAGUUGAUGUAUGGCGAGAAAAAAGACGUCGAAUCCUACAAACAACAGUUUGGUUCUUCCUUACCUUGAUCUUGGCGCUCUUUAUUCCUGACAUAGGAAAAGUUAUUUCUGUGAUUGGGGGAUUAGCUGCCUGCUUCAUCUUCGUCUUCCCAGGGUUAUGUCUUAUUCAGGCUAAACUUGCGGAGGUUCAGGAAGCACCAACAAGCAGCUGGUGGGCACUUGUUUCUUACGGCGCAGUUCUGGUCACACUGGGUGCCUUCAUUUUUGGGCAGAGCACUGUGAACUCGAUCUGUGUUGAUCUGAAAUCCUGAGAUACUGACUGCUUUGAUAUCAACUGACCACAAUGCCUUCUGUCCUGACAUGGGCCCUUCCGAAAAGAAUGAGACUUGGAGGCUGGCAGAACUCAAAAAAUGUUACCUCUUAGAUUUUAAAGGUUUACUUGAACAAAUAUAUUUUAUUUCUUACACCAAGACAUUUUCAGCAUUUUUGCGAUUGAAUUUUUAAACUGAAGAUGCAAUUUAUUUGUGGUAUAAUUUUGCCAGCUUCUUUGUGCCUUGAUUGCAAAGUGAUGGCCUCAUAUUGUGAUCACCUUUGAGCAGCGGUUGAAACUUUGGAUACAUGAAAGCCAUCUUUAUGUUCUUGAGAGUAGAAAACUGUUUUUAUACUUGUGAUUUGCUCUAUGGACAGCUGCUACUCUACUCAGAAAAAAAUGAAAUACUCUUUCAGAGUGAUUAUUAUUUGAAGAUUAAAACUUACACUACCAGAAGGUUACAAGAUUACAAAAACUUGUUGGGUUCAUCAUGACCCAGUUCACUACUUAUUAGGUUUUAGUUUAAUUCCUUAGGCACUCUCUUCCCUGUUUACUCAGCCUUGUACUCACAAGGGAGGCAGAAUGCUUAACACCUGAGUAUUGUGCCAGCAUACCUCUCAACCUCUUAGGGCAGGAAAUCUGGACAGAACUAUAAAUAAAAGUGGGACAAAGGCCCAAAAAUAGGGAUCAUUUUUAAAUAUUGCUCUUACAAAAUUAUAAA